AUGGAGAAUACCGAGAUUCUUGUCCACAUAUCUGCCCCCAGCGGGGCCAGGGAUGAUGCGCGGUAUCGAGCUCAGGUUGAAGCGAUUCUUAACUUCCAGAGUCUAUCACGUCAACUUAUCACCAGAGCCUCGAAUGAUGAACAGGAAGGUGAUCCUGCGUUGGACACCCUGCCGUCAGAGUCCGUAGUUCGAGGGCUGGCCGUCACUCCUAACGACGAGUCACAAUGCAAACGGCCGUUGUUCUCGGUGUCUACAGGCGGGCAGUUUAAUAAUGGUGCAGAUGUGCAACCUACCGUUUGCUCACAGGGACAUGCAGAGAAAUUCGCUACCCUCUGCGAGCAAUCACCGAACGAUGGCUUCCGUUUGGCUUCUCCAAGAACUAAGGAGGGAACGACUGGUCCACAUCUUGAAGUUUGCCGCGGACAUGAACUCAGUCAUUCCUCAUUCCUUCCUGUGCCCACAGCCGUUCAAAUUGGAAAGGACUCGCUCGAGACUCCGAUCAGUGUCAUACCCGACUCUCAACCAGAGCUACCGCGAACCGAUACUGAAAGUUUGACUCGAUCUGGUUCCCAGGUGCAUGGCUUAUUGGUGGCUGUGGAUUCUCCUCCAGCCAAAAGACCUUGUCUGGGUUUGAUAUCGACACUGCAACGUCCCGAACUGUUUACUGAAGACUCUCCACCCGUGCCGGAUCAGAGCGAACAGUGUCCUAAAGGGGACGAUCCUACUGACCCUCAUACAACUAAAUCAAUCACCCGCACAUUUGAGGAGGCUCAAUCUCUUAUUCCCCUCGAUAGCCUUCCACUGAUGAUCAAGCCUCCGCCGCCGCCAAUAUCCCGAGAACAGUUCGUAACGCAUGUUACUCCAACUUUGACUAUGUUGACAGAACGCUUGAAACCCGCACGAACGUACAAGCCUGUUCAACAGACGAGGGAUCUUGAUCCACUGGAACGCGGGCAUUGGUAUAUUUAUAUUAAUAUUAUAACUGCCAAAGACUGUGUAGACGACAAACAAGUCGGAACUUGGGGCAUAGCUCUCUUCUCCCGGUUCUGGUCCUUUCUAUCCGAUUUUAUCUCCCAAGAAGGACGAGCUGGAUGGGGUGUGUGGUGCAUAGUAGAGGAUGCUCCCGAGGCGUCUCCUUUAUACUCAACAGACAGCCGGAUCGUACCACACGAAAAGACGAAAUCAACUACACUUCCUUCCAGUACUACGCACCCUGUGAUCCUGAAACUCUAUGCGUGGGGCGAGAUAGUCUCGCACAUGUAUCUGCUCCUGUUCCUAGCCAGCGAACGAAGGGUUCGCAGAAUGGGUGCUCAAUGGCGAGACGGUGAGGAUAUGGUGAUCAUCCAAAUGCCAUGA